AUGGAGAACGAGAAAGGCGAGAUUGUUGAUCUCUACGUCCCCCGCAAAUGCAGCGCAACCAACCGCAUCAUCAAAGCCAAGGACCACGCUUCCGUCCAAAUCAGCGUCGGCAAGGUUGACGAGAACGGCCGAUACACGGGCGAGAACCAGGUGUAUGCGCUGUGUGGAUUUGUUCGAUCAAGAGCCGAGAGUGAUGACAGCUUGAACCGGUUGGCGCAGAAGGAUGGGUUCUUGAAGGCUGUUUGGAGCGCUAGCGGGAACCGAUAG